UAUUCUUCAAAGAUGAGAAACCAUCUUGCAGAGCAGGUUCUCAACAAAGACAUGUURGAGUUGAUGAAGGCAUACAAAGAUGACCUCUCUGUUAAGGCUGGCAAAAAUGUUACAUAUCUUGACAAAACAAUAGAGUUUCUUGGUGUAACCAGCACCCUUAUUAAAAACUUCACAAGUCAUCAGACCUAUACCAACAUGGCUGACAGUCGUCUGGUUGAAAAUGACAAGUGCUUACAGUGGCUCCAGGAAUGGCAAUCUGACGUUAAAGGAAGACUAGACCUCAAGGCAUCUGAGAGAAAUAGGCUAUUUUUGUCUGACAAAACCAUGAAUGAUGUGACAUCUUGCAUUUUAGGGUUUAAAGCACUGUGUAGUUUCUCGUUUAAAGCACACCCUGGAUGCAGAGUUUCUGCAUAUCUUGUAAACAGUGACAUCGUGGAAAAUGUCUUUUGCCAACAACGUGGUCGGAAUGGUCAAAAUGACAAUCCAACAUAUGUCCAGUAUGGACCUUCCAUUAAUAGCAUUCUGUUGGGACAAACCACAACAACCAAGAAGGGUAACACAGGAAAGGUUGACAGAUAUGCAUUUUACAAGCCGAACAAGCUACCAGUGCAAAGGAAGGACAGCAAGAAAAGGCCAUUAUUAGAACCAAAGGAAACUGAUGCUCCCGUAACCAGGGAUGYUAUGUCAGAUAAUGUUCACAAUGUAUGCGUGUUUCGGGAAAGUCUGCCAGCUGGCCUUCAUGGGUUCUUUUUGUGACGAGAGGCCUUCUGGGAAGGCUCUCGUGAUAAUGUCAUCGUGCAGGUAAAUAAGAGUGUAACCACUCCACUUCUACCAGGCGUUCCUGGUGGUAACUUAAACAUGUGGUUGUAG